UUUGACGUUCUGCCGAAUGAUUCCAAAUACGGAUGGAAAACAGCUGUUGUUACUCCGAGGUUAUGUACAUUCAAAAUCCCGCCAAUAAACCAAAAAUUCACUAUCACAAAAUAAUAAUUUAUAUAAUUUUUAUAUUGUUUUGGUCUAAAAUGAAAACAAAGUUAUUAUUUACGAUUUUCGAUAUUCCAACAUUUUCAACUGCCAAAUAUUAUUCUAUUUAUUAAAUAUUAAUAUAAUCAUUUAUCGGGACUUUUAAUAUUAUUACUGAAUUGUCGUCUUAGACAUUUGCCAACAUGAUGCACCCUGCUGAAAUCGAAUUCCUGGCCGAAAACGAGAUCAUUCAAAUUGUGCCGACGUUCAAUCAUGCCAGCCACGUACAUCUGAUAUGCGGUUCUUAUGGUCCGUUUCGUGCUGGUUUGCCGUUGAACGUUCCCAUCUGGGUAGCACUAAAUCUGCGACAAAAAAAGACUUGUCGUAUCCUAGCUCCCGACUGGAUGACCGUCGAUAAGUUACAAGAAAGACUUGAAGAAGAGAAAGCAUCCAAAUUUUUCACACAGCUACCAACCAAUUAUUACUUGGAAAUCACACAAAUGUUGUUAACUGUUGCCAGUGAAGAUAUUCCACAAGGGAACGAUAUAAAAACUGCAGUUAAAGAUUUAUGGGAUUUAAGAAUAGCAAAAUUAAGAUCUUCUGUUGAUCUAUUUAUUAAAGAAGGUCGUGUUCAAGCUUCUUUAAACCAUUUAACCCCAAUGGAGAUUAAUUCUGUAAGGCCGGUAUUCCCAGAUACAUUGGAUGCUUUAAUGACACUCCACGAACACAUUAACUCGAGUGAUGACAGAGAAGAUAGCAGUCAAUCUUCAGGAGCAACUCCUAAUUCAACAUCUUUUUCAUUAUCCUUGUAAAAUUGUUUAUUUAUUCUUAUAAUAUUCAGAAUUGCAUUCAGAUGGUUGUGUUUCUGUUUGUUAGGAUUAGAUUACAUUUUUUGUUAACACCAAAAAUUGUAUAAUAUGAUUGUUAUACAUAUAAUGUAACUAGUUUAUAAUAUUUAGAUUGUCUUGAUCAAACAUAUUUUAUUUUCUUCAAGAUAUAAAUCAUUGUUUAAUUUUUUUUUUUUUUUUGGUAAUAUAAGUAUUUUAUUUUUAUCUCAGUGUACAAUAACUUUUUGUAUGUAUUAAGUAGGAAUAAUAGGCUUUUCAAAAAAUAACAAUCUUAUAGAUUAAAUUGUUCAUAAAAAUAUAAUGUGCAAUUAUUAAUACAUCUAUAAGUUUAGUUGUACAACAAUGCCAACUAAUGCAUUGAUGGGCGUAUAGAUAAUUGUGCUUGCAGUAUAAUAUUAUUUUAAAUGUCAAGAUCAAACUAUACUUACCAUGUGUAGGAUAUAGCCAAGGUUAGGUGAGAAUGUUUAUAAGUGUAUAGAUGAUUAUAAAUAGUAAUACAUUCAUAUUCUAUAUAGUGAUUGUACUCUUUUACUAAAAGUUUUAUUUUAGAAAGAUAAAACAUUAGAUUUAGAAAAUAAACAACUUUUUUUUAUUCUAAAGUAUAUAGUUAAUUGAUUAUAAUAUACACAACAUGUUUGUUGAGCAUAAUAUUUAUUAAUAAAACUUUAAAGUACAUAUAUUACAUAAUUACAUAUAUUAUAAUGUGUGAACUAAUUGUUUUUAUGAUUCAUUAUUCAGUCAUUUUAUAGCAUAGAAAAAUGUUACUAAAUAUUAAUGUUAUUUAUAACAAAAUAUAUUUAUUAGUUUAAUGAGUUAUUUACCCUCAGCGAUAUCUGACGAGUAUAAAAUUUAAAAAAUCACUUUAUUUUGUCCAAUAACAUAGUUUUAUAUUUGUAUUACUUGUAUGUACAAAAUAAAUUAUUAUUUUAAAUUAUUGAACAAACAUUUUUGUAAAUAUAAAUAUAUUUUUUGUAUUACUUGUA